CAUAUCGUCAUCCUAGGAUUUGUUUCAAGCCGGACAUAAACGUUGUUGUAAACGCGGUUCACUUGAAAGUAAAAUGGCGUCAAGAAGACAGUCAUUGGUUCCUAAAAGUCAGAAACUUACCCUUGGAGAUUCAAAAAGGUAGCUGAACAUGUUCUUCAUCAAUGUAGACAGCUAAUAUAAUUGUAUGUUUACAAAAUAUGAAUCUAAAUUGAUGCAAUUUAACUGAUGUAACUUUAUGUGAUGGUGUGAUCAGCUGCUAGCUGUGUUGUUGACACGUUACAAGAAAAUCUGUACAAACACGGAUACGUAGCUAUGUGUUGUCAUUAUUUUGUGGGUCUCACCAUCAACUUUUAUCAGCAGCCUUUAUCCUUAGGUUACAUGUGUAAGUUUUUUAUGUUGUUAUUUUCAGUUCCAAAGCUGUGAGUGAAAACGGCAAGAGCAACAACAGUGGAACUGGAAACACCAACAAAGGCAACAGCAGUGGGAAUGGAAAUAAAACAAAAUGUAGCUAUGUUCGAAAGAACAAUUUAAAUUACACUUAAAACCUUGUUUUACAAUUGUCAAUGGUUGCAAUGUUACAAAUAACAUUAUCCUAUUUUCAGCUGGUGGUACAAUAGUGAAGUCUCGAUAUAUGCAACCUGUUGAAAAGGCACCUCUCGCUAAGGUAGUGUAUAGCCUCGUUAUUGUUAUGUAAUUUUCUUGUGUUACUUUUUGAUGUAAUUUUUUACUUUAGUUUAUUGAGUAAAUAUUUUCUUAACUCUAUUUCUUGAAUUGCAUUGUUGGUAAGGUCUACACCUGUUGUAUUCGGCGCAUGUGACAAUUAAGAUUUGAUUUGAGUUCAUGUCAAUUGCUGAUCUCUUUAUUCAAUUAAUAGUUAGAUAGUUCUCUCAAAAUUAAUUAACUAAUUGCACCCCUGUACCUUUCCACAGAACAAUUCGCUCACCAAUGAGUCCACCCUUGUGCCACCAAGGCCUGCCUCACCUAAACUGGGUAGUGUUAAACCACGGGUGGGCUCUCCCGCACGGCGUUCCAUGGCUCCUCAGUUACUUCGCAAUCCUACUCGUAAGUGCUUCCAGUGAUCAGUGAGAUGUUUGGCUGUACUCUACCAUGGCCAACCUGUUUAUUUUUCCAAUGUCUUUGGCCAUGUGGAGUUGGUUUACUGUAGAGAGCCCUGAGAUUAUAUGCACACUUACUACAUAACACAUUUUAUUCUCCAGCAAUGAUGUCCAGUGUCCUUGAGCCUUCACAAUUAGGAAGAAGUAUUCUGCAAUCCACAAUCUUAGAUGGUCACUGUCUUCGCCCUGACUUUGAUGUCUCUGCCAUUAAAGGUAAACUGUCCUCUUAUUCAGAUCAUGUUGAUAACAAACCAACAUUUGGGAAUCAACCGUUAACAUGCUAUGUCUCACCUAUAUUACAGACAAGACAGUGUUACAAAACGCAGCAGUAGAACCUGAAAGGAACGAUGACAAUGAAAAGAGACUCCUAGAGAUGCAGACGUUCUUGUUGGCCUACCUCACAGCCAAGGUAACUAUUAUAUUUAGUAUACUUCUUAAUCAGACAUGUUUUAUUGGUAUUUCACCCCUUAAGGUAAACCUUUUUUCCCCCUUUACCUACUCUGAUGGUUCGGUUUGAAUUCAGAUGGAGAAUAAUAGCCAGAAAUUGAAGGCGGAGGCGGAGGAGCAUAUUAUAGCCGUGAUGGAGGAAGAGGAGCUGCUACGGAAGGAAGUCCAUGAGAAGAAGCGCCAGUACCACCUCCUGGAGAAGAACAAGCAGCUGGACGACCUGCUCCAUUUACAGGUCAGAGGUCAUUUCUCUCCAAAUACAGCCUAAACAAACUUUUGAUUUAUGUAAACAAGUUGUGAAGCUGAAAAAGUUGUUAUCCUGUGUGUUUUUUGUGUGUUAUCAUUAUGGGAUGGUUGUUGAUAUGAAUUAUAAAAAGAUGGUCCUCUGUAGCUCAGCUGGUAGAGCACGGCACUUGUAACGCCAAGGUAGUGGGUUCGAUCCCCGGGACCACCCAUACACAAAAAAAAUAAAAAAUAAAUGUAUGCACGCAUGACUGUAAGUCGCUUUGGAUAAAAGCGUCUGCUAAAUGGCAUAUUAUUAUAUUAUAUUAUAAGAUAAAUUGCUUGUUGUAACAUGUAAAAUAAUCUGAUCUAUGAUUUGAUUUUGAAUAAUCAGAAAUUGUAUAUUUUCAGAUCACAGCACUAACUCCUGUGGCUGAUGCCGCCAAGCAGUUCACUCAAGAAUACAAGUCUUUUGCCACCGCAGUUGACACCACACGACAUGAGCUGCCAGUGAAGAACUUCUACAUUGAUGGGGACAGAAUGACAUUUCUGGGUUGGUAUUAUUCCAUUCAAUUUGCCACAUUACUGGAAAGUGAAGAGAAAACCUUGGAGUUAAAACUGGAUUUACUGCUUACGCAUAGGAGUUCCCCACCCCCAUGAAUGUGUUUGUAUACUAAAACCAUGGUUCGUACCCAUGCAGAUAAAGCCACUGCUAGCCUGAAGGAGAGUGAGGAAGUGUUGCUGCAGUGCACACAGGGAGCUCAGCAUGGCAAUGAGAAAUCUGCUGAGUGCCUGAGAGGGAUGAAAACUGCUGCACAGGACAUCAGCGAGCAGCUCUCAGGGUAAAACCAUAGAUUACAGAGACCUAAGACGUGACUUUUAGUUUCGAAGUCUUUUGAAACCAUUAUUAAUUAUCAGCUUGCUCUUUGACUGAUGUAUUUGCAUGUACGCAUAAGGGUAAGUGUUUUAAACUGGUCAAGAUCAAUCACUUGAAGACCCUUUAUUAUGUAUUCCAAAGAUAUGAUGAACAAUUAAUGAAUGUGUAGUGGGUUUGUUUUGGUGACCAUAGGAUUUACUUCUUCACAGGGGCUUUUCAGAGUUAUUGGAGCUGUCAUCAUUGGUCAGUCGCCAGACGGUUCAGAUUCAGCAGGCCUUGGAAGAGGAGCAGCUUGGAUUGACAAGAGUUCAGGAACUCUAUUGCCCCAAGCAGUGAAGCAGCAUAGAGAACAUUGUGUAGAAUGUACAGUCUAUAGUUAAGCAGUAAAGGCCCAAGGGGGUGUGGUAUAU